AUGGCGACAGUUACAGCUGUUAAUUGUCCAAUACUUUUUCAAGUUGGAAAAUUGGGAACGGUACGUGUUGAUCGAACCGUUGAUGUUUAUCCUGAAACAACAAAACCUCAACAAAUUUCCGCACGUCCUUGUUCCGUAGCAUCAAGACAAUUAAUACAAAAAGCACCAUCGUCCACACAACUGGUGUAUUCUGCAACACCAUUAAAUAUUCAACAGUCAAAAGAUAGUUAUGUACCGAUUACAAAAUGGAUUGCCGGUGGUGAAGAAGAGCAAUUAACGAACAAUUCUGAUAUAGCUGUCAUCUAUUCAGUUGUACGAAAUGCAUCUAUUUCUGCUGUUAAACGAACAUCAUCGCCUAAAAUCGUAGCUGGUUCAUCAAACAUCCCGGUAUUGACUCGAUCAAAACAGUAUGUCAUUGAACGUCCAUCAGGUGAUCAUGAUUAUUCGGUAAAUGCAACAGUAGUUACACACGCGUCUAAACAAGCUCAAAUUAAAUCACUCGUUACAGAUCGAUCAUCAUCAACAUCGAUACAAAACAAUAUUUCUUCUCCACUUCCUUCACCCUGUUCAUCAUCUUCUUCUAAACCAGUCACAUUAAUUCCAACACCAUAUCUAAAUCCAUCCACAUCACCAUCAAUACGUAUUCAAACGUCAACAUCAUUUACAUCACAUGACAGGAAACCAUUACAUCAAAAACGACCAUAUUCAUUUCGAAUGUGUACACCACCGAAUAAUGAACCGACCACACCAUUACCUGCCACUCCUUCACCACCUACAACAACAACGUUACGUCGUCGUUCAUCUCGCACAGCACCACGUAAUGUUAUUGAACGACAAUUAUCAAAUUUAUCAGGACGUGUUAGUCAGUUACAUGAACAUUUUAUUCAACGUCUAUCAGAUUUGACUAAUAGUAGUCAUCGUCAACGAAAUCGUUCUUUAACAUCGUUACAUACAACAUCGACUACGAGUUGUACUACGAAUUCAUCAUCGCCCGUUUCCGGAAUAUUAGAUACAUCUAAAACAUCUUAUCGAAAAUUGGUUAAACCGAGACCAAAAUCAGAAACAUAUGACGAUCAUCAUCGAAUCGUCAUGUCGACCGUUCCUUCGCCACCACAAUCGACAGUACUACCGUUAAAUCAAUCAGCUGGAUCAUAUGCCUCAUUAACUCUAUUGAGUCAUCCAAUUCCAAAAACUUCACAAAAAUUACUAAUCACAAAUCAAAACGGUUCAUUUCGUUCAUAUCCAUCAGAAAUUAAACGUCAUGAUAGUAAUGUUAGUUCACUUUCAACAACACCGACAAAUAUAAAUUCCACAAGUUAUAGUGAUACAAAAAAAUGUCGGGAUAAAUAUGAACAAUCAAUCAAACAAUUGGACGUAAGACACAAAAAAGCUUUAAGAAAAGAAUAUGAACGACAAAAAGGAAAAAAUAAUUUAAUAAAAGUUCAACAACUAGAACAACAAAUAAAACAGUGUGAACUACAAUUAACUAAAUUGAAAAAACGAUUAGAUCUAACUGAGAUUCCACACGAGUUAUCGUCGGUCAAACCAAGUCGGAGUGAUGAAAAUAUUGUACGCAGUGAGAUUUAUUGGGACGGAUCAUCCAUUCCUGGCGAUGAAAAAUUUAAUUUUCUUCGAUUUGAUCCAAAAUUAUUAGCACAUUCUUAUUCAACAUCCACAUCUUUAUCAUCGUUUGACGAUAUUUAUUUAUUAGUAUCAUCGUUGAAUUGGGCACCAUUGACAGUGUUUCUAAAUUUUCUUUUGACUACAACAAACAGUGAUCCAAGCCAUUUGUUAUUUUAUAUAUUUGUCGAAGAUUUAGUACAUUUACGUAAAACUGAUAAAAAUGAACUUGUUCGUUGGAUAUUUGAAAUUCAUUCCACAUUUACGAUGAAUGGAAGUCCACUGUAUAUUAAUCUUCCACAACAACAAAUUGAUUCUCUAAAUCGAUAUUUUGAAAAUUCUGAAACAUUUCGUGAAGAAGAUAUAAAAACAUUGUUUAAUGAUGCAAAAGAAUAUGUUAAAAAUUAUAUUACACAAAAUCAAUUAACAGAAUUUAAUCAUAAACGAACAUUGGGUUUUAUUAAUUUGUAUGGUGAUUUGGCAAUGAUUCAUGAUCGUUCAAAACAGCAACAUUUUAUCGAAGAAGUUUUAAAACCACAUAUUGAAAGUUUAUAUAAAUCAAAUAUUGAUGAUUGGAAUAGUAUUAAAAAUGGACGAGAUUUGGCAUUGUUAUGUUCAUUAGCUACAUAUUUGAAACGAUGUGAUAUAAAAAAAUGUGGUAACAUUCCAUUAGAUAAAAUUCCUAAAUUUUUUGAUAAAGAACAACGACGUUUUAUAGCAAAAUUACAACGACCGAAUCAACCUAAAAAAAUCAAAGAUCAUUUAUUAUGUGAACAUCAAUUUAUAUCACCAACAUUAUGUCAAUCAUGUAACAGACCACUAUGGGGUAUUAAUUGUCAAGGUUAUUGUUGUCAUUAUUGUCAACAAGCAUUUCAUCGAGAAUGUACAUUGAACGUUGAAAAAUGUCCAAAAGAUCGUAAAAGUGCUUUAUUAACAAAACAAAAAAAACCGACAAAUCGAAAUCCAUCAAGUCCUUCCCGUGUCGAUAGUAUCAUUGAACGACGAGAAGGUAGUUUAGCGAAUGAUGCAUAUGAUCCUUCACAUGAUGGCUCAGAUUCAACCGUAGGCAAUAUAUUGUCAAUUAAUAAAGCAUCUCAAGAUAAAAAUCCUACAAAUCUUGGCCGAUGUGCCAGCGAGAGACUUCGACCACACGAACGUCCUGUCGCAUCAAAGAAUCGAUCUACCAGAAUCAUCGGUGUCAGUGCUAUUUAG